GCGUAAUCUGUAUAUGAGAGCCUGCCGUGUCGCUUUUGGUGUCUCUUGCCAGAUCUUGGCUAACAAUUAUAUCCUCGGGAGCCUCCUUUUAGGCGCGCAUCGUGUUGUGAAGCCUGCAUAAAAUUGACGACGGUCGAAUCAGCUUCGCGGUAGCCCUGCAGCUAGGCCGAGAACAGAAAUGAGGUGAGCCAGAAGAGCAAUCCCACGUUACCAGGGGACCGGGCUGGAUGAUUGGGCGCGCCAUUGCGGCCUCCAACGCCCAUCCCCUUUUUUCCACCACGCCAGAUGCCAUCUGCCAUCUCAAAGUGUCGCAUCCCGCUACCCCGACACAGCAUUUGCGGCAAACAACCCGCAUCCUGGAUUCCUGGAUUAUGACAAGCAUGCGAUGCUGACGCGAAUACGACUCGAGUCCUUUCCUUGUGCUUGUGUUCCUUGACAUUGAUGAACAUGGAGGAUAUGGUCUCAGUCGUCGCCGUCGCCUCCGAGAUGGACUCCCGUACCGGCAGCGCAGAUCUCGGCCCCGUGUUCCACUUCGGCGAAGCUGGCGAUCACUCCCCCUUCUUCGACCCCGCCUUCGGUUCCUUGAUUUUCUUUGACACAUUCCACGCGGCCUCCGACCGGCGAGACUACCCACUUGGCCCCGGACCAAGUGCUUAUUCUGCGCUUGUGCCGUCGAACCAUGCCUCCUUUGAUACCCAGUUCCACGGCCCCGGGACCAAGAUCAUCGCGGCCCGAAAUAGCGACCACAACCCCGGCAACCCACAGUCUUAUCCCAACGCGCCGCCUACCAUCUACGCCGAGGGUCAACGAGCGGACAUUUACGACUUUGAGUACCUCGAGUCGAAUGUCGGCCCACCAUUUGGAGGAGGCCCAAUCAUCGGCCCGAUAAAUCACCUUCCUCAAUUGGAAGGUCCGUACAGCAAUUGCGAUGGCUUCUUAAGUCCGGAUCUGAACUCAUCCUUCGGUCCUCUGGCUCAUGCUCUCUCUAAUGGAUACCAUACCGGAUCCAGCUCCGACUCCAGCCCCGGCCCCGACAGUCCAGUCCCAACUCUACUGGGAGUCUCUCCGUCGACCGAAGUCCGGCAUAGGAUCAAUCCUAAUUCAGCCUUCGACCUCGAUGCAUCACGUCGUCCCUCGAUAGCCAGUACCGAAAUCAAAUUCGAGCACAAUACCGGAGCUAGUCCAUCGCCACGACCGCCGAACCGCAAAGGAGCAGCCAAAAACUCGGCAGGUUCGCUUGAGAUCAUCUUGUAUAAGCCGAGUGGAAAGCCAGAUGGACGGCUCUCCAAGAAACGCCCUGCCUUUGACGAGGUCACCACUGGGAGCAGUACGCCCCAGACCCUCCGUCGAAUAUCGCUGGAAGAUGAGAGUGGCCAGGUGAAGGCUACCAUGACUACGUUUGGGAAACGCCCCAGAAUCCGGACUCCUUUCGACGAAGAAAAACGCCGACGCACAGCCCUCGCUCGGAAGGAAGGUGUAUGCGCGCGAUGCAAGAGGUCAAAGAGACAGUGUGAUCUCGCCGCCAAAGGCCUCUAUGUCAGCUGUACCCUGUGCACGUGCACCAAGAUCUACAAGAAUGUCCCUCGCAUGCCUUGCUUCCGAUCCACCUUGGUCGACAUCAUGUUCUUCCGUGCCGGUCCUGCAGCCAACGAGCCAUUGUUCACCAGACGUCUUGUCGAGUUUAAGCUCGAGGAUCUUUCCGCCCCCGAUGUCCCUGUCCGUACGCUGAAACUUAGUCAAAGAAUGGGUCACCAUCGUUUGACCGUGUAUGCCUCCGAGUUCAAGCCAGAGCCCACCGAUAAACUCUCGUAUUACUGGAAAGAUUCAGCCGGAAUGAUUCACGAGAUGAAGAUACCACCGUUUACCCUCACCAAUCUGGACAAAGUUCACGCCCAUUUCCGGCAAUACAUUGACGCCGCCAAAGGGUCCUAUCUCGAAUCGUUGAGGGGUCAGCAGGAUGACGGUUUGACUUGGAAGACUGUUUCAACGGCAAUGGAAUAUGCACGGAGAAAACCGGACUCUCUCGUUGCCGAUACUCUCGAUAUGUGGGCCGUUUCCCGAAUGAUCGAAAUCCCAUGGGAGAUAUGCGGAGAAUGGACAGACACGCUCGGCAUGUCACCGGUCCAGAAUCCUGAGAACCCACACAAGGGCAAGAUCCCGAUCCCGCCGAUCAUGGACACGCUUCUUGAUCAGAUUGUCAUCAGGCAUUUUCUGCAGCCGUUGCGUGAACGGGUGAUCAAGAAGUUCGAGCAGCUGAUCAGCCCAGCACGGCCGGAAGUGUGGUUCGAGGUGUACCUGUCUGCUUUUAUCAUCCUCAAUCACAUUGAGAGACUGGCUAAACAUUCGGCAUCCCAUGCGAGACUUCACAGCAUGCCGACCAAGUACUCCAACACUUCGUUCCUCGAAGGGGCAUUUCACACCGCCAAGGUCAUCCUCUCGCGCUUCCACUUUGUGUGCAACGGGUCUGCGCCCCUGCGGCUGGACUGGAAGAAGGAGAAGACUGCAGAGCUGGCCAAGCUGCAGCCGAAGGAGGUUGCUUUGAUGGAGGAGACACAGGCCAUCAUACGACGCAAAGAGAAUGAUGUUUUGAGCCUGCGAAAGACGCACCAAUACGAAAGUCCACUCUACUGGUGCCAUCAGCUGUAUUUCGAGGAUUGGGACACCUCCCCGGUACAUAUUGUCGAGGAAUGAACCUGACAGGAGGCUUUUAUCAUGUUUUAUACCCAUGAAGCAAUUCAACUAGCAAGCGAAGGAGUUUUGGAAAGUAAUACGGGUAAUAUUUUGGAUUUUAUAGGGGAUGAACUGUUGAUAUUGGUUGCUCUAUAUACGAUUUUCAGCAACAUAGGGGCUUAGACUUUUUUUUUUUUUAUAAUUAUUAACGAAGCACAUACUUUAGGACCUUUGUGGAAGACG